AUGAAGAACAUUCUGUUUAUCGGUGGCACAGGGUAUGUCGGCGGCGUGGUUUUGUCUCGCUUUUUGGAGCGGACUGAUCUUGACGCACGGAUUACGGCGCUCGUCCGCUCUCCCGAUAAGGUGCAGAAGUUCCAGACACUGGACUCUCGGAACGUCAAGAACGAAUUCGUGGUCGUCAAAGGGAGCCAUGACGACGCUGCGCUGGUCGAGAAGCUUGUAGCUGAUGCAGAUGAGGUUGUGUCGAUGGCAGACUGUGAUAACCUGUCGGCGAUGGAAUCUAUCCUGCGCGGAAUGAAGGCACGCUUCGAGGAAACUGGAAUCAAGCCAGUCCUUAUUCAUAUGUCAGGCACAGGGUGUCUAGGAGACCAAGCAAAAGGCGCUUUCUCCUCCACCAAAGUAUAUAACGACCUCGACAUCCCUGAUAUCGAAACCCUACCACCAACGCAAAACCACCGUAACGUUGACCUCGCUAUCGUCGCGGCGGAUGCAGACGGAUAUGCACAAACCCACAUCGUGGUCCCUGGUGCUUUCUUUGGCAUUCCGGGUGGCAUUCUUGCGGACCACGGCCUACAGAACACAUCCAACUUUGCCUGGCAGAUACUCUUUCGCGCGUCGUUUGCCCGCAGUGCUGCUGCUAUCGUCGGUGCGGGCGAGAACAUGAUUGCAAUUGUUGAUAUCAAUGAGACUGCCGACCUCAUUGUUCUCCUCUACGAUGCUAUACAAGCAGGGCAGGCAUCGCAUGGCCGCGAGGGCUACUAUUUCGUAACCGGCGACUCAAUCAAAUUCUCUCGCAUCGUAGAGGUUCUCGAGGCGCACACGGGCCCGCGUAAGCCUCUUACGCAAGAAGAACUCGAUACCUACUUGCCCGGUGCUGUCAGCUUGCAAGCAUUCUUUGGAGACAAUGGCAUGGCCAUCUCUGCCCGGGGCAAAGGCAUGGGCUGGAGGCCUGUCCUUGGAGCAGAGGCACUAUUGAAGUAUCUCGCAGAUACGAUUGCGAUGUAUCAUGCCUAG